CCCCAACCCACAACCCACAAAAGAAAUGACCAAGAUCGAUUCCCUCCGUCGAUUCCUCCUCCCGUGCUUCUCCCCCUCCUCCCCGGCCGCCGCCACCGCCACCAAGAAACGCCUCAGCACCUCCCUCCGCGACGACAUCGUCGACGACCAAGAACCCGCCCAAGACUCCGACCCUUCCUCCCCCACCGCCUCCGCCACGUCAGCGCCCUCCUCCGCCGCCCAGCCCCGGCCGUCGAAGUCGAUGGUGAUCGGCACCAUCUUCGGGCACCGCCGCGGCCACGUCUGGUUCUGCGUCCAGCACGACCGCCUCUCGACCCGACCCGCGCUCCUCCUGGAGCUCUCCAUCUUGACCCACCAGCUCGUCAAGGAAAUGCGGUUCGGGUUGGUCCGGAUCACCCUCGAGUGCGACGACCGCUCCUCCGAUCUCCUCGCCACGUGUCCUCUCCGGUCCGUCCCCGUCUGGGCUCUGCACUGCAACGGCCGCAAGCUCGGGUUCGCCGCCCGGAGGAAAGCCGGCGACAAAGUCCGCCUGAUGCUGAAGGCCAUGGAGUCAACGACCGUCGGAGCCGGGGCGCUGCCAGCCGGGUUCGGGUUCGGGUCCGGGUCGUCGGACUCGGAGGGCCCGGUUAUGUACAUGAGGUCGAAUUACGAGCACGUGGUUGGGAGCGCCGACUCGGAGUCGUUUCAUCUCAUCAACCCGGAUCAGUUCCCGGGUCAAGAACUCAGUGUCUUCUUGCUCAGGUCCAGAAACUCAUAGUCUGGUUUUUAAUUUAUUACUAUGGGGUCUUUUAGUGAUUUUCUCAAUGUCAGAGGGGUAACAUUGGAAAGGUGAAAACUAGUUGUUUUCUGGGAAAGAAACAAACCCUGAUUGGGGUUUUGGAUAUUCUCUAGGAUUUAAGAGAAAUUCUGUUUCUUUUCUAAGGUUGGCAAUGUAGAUUGUAACAAAAUUAGGGGUAGGGCUAGUUCUGAAGAACAAGAACAAGAAGAUGAAUGUACAAAUUUUGGUAUCACUAAAAAGGUGAUACAACAGA